AUGUCAGAUGCAGACAACGACAGAGAGACACUUCCAAAGGAGGAGAUAUUCUGCCUGAAAGGCCAUGAUGGUCCUGUGCUUGCGGUCAGAUUCAAUAAGGCUGGCACCUACUGCCUGUCUUGUGGGAAGGAUCGUUCCAUCAGACUUUGGAACCCGCACCGAGGACUCCUGAUCAAAACAUACGCAGGUCAUGGCUAUGAUGUCAGGGAUGCCGUCGUCUGCGCAGACAACAGCAAGUUUGCCUCCUGCGGUGGGGACCGGCAGAUAUUUCUGUGGGAUGUGGGGACUGGGCGGACGAUCAGGAAGCUCCGAGGCCACGAUGGCGUGGUCAACUCGGUGUGCCUGGGCCCAGGGGAGGCAACGCUGGUGACAGGGGGCUAUGAUCAGUCAGUGCGCGUGUGGGACAUGCGCUCCCGCUCCUUUGAUGCCAUCCAGACCAUCAAGUCCUUUGCUGACUCUGUCACGUCUGUCGCUGUCUCUGCCAACGCAGAGAUCAUGGCGUCCAGCGUGGAUGGCACGGUGCGGCGAUUUGACGUGCGCGGCGGCUGCGCGUACGUGGACCAGAUGCAUGCAGCCGUGACUUCGAUGGCGCUUUCGAAUGACGGCAACUGCGUGCUGGCUUCCUGUCUGGAUGCGCGGCUGCGGCUGCUGGACAAGGGCAGUGGCGAACUGCUGGCUGAGUAUAAAGGUCACAAGCAAGAGUCAGCCAAGAUGGACUGCUCGUUGACGCCAUCAGAUGCGCAUGUGCUGAGCGGCUCUGAAGACGGCCGGGUGUGCUACUGGGACUUGGUGGAGGAGACAAUGGUGGAGUCCUUCCAGGCACACAGCGGCGUUGUAUGCUCUCUAGCAAUGCACCCUGACGGCAAUCUGCUGCUCACAUCAUCCACAGAUGGCACUGUCAAAGUUUGGCAAUGAGCUGUGUUCACACAGGUUCUAGCGCUAGUUGGCAGCUGGCACCGUGCUGUGACAGUGUAUGCCAAUUGGGUGCAAAUUGCAUUUGAAGACAGUAGCCAAGAAGGGACGUCCAAGGUUCACACUGAUUCUGUGUGAUUCAAUUUGGCUGGAAAGUGCACUUUUGGGAGAGGGGUUGGUUCAGCAUUGGCUAUUGUUUUCUGCGGUGCUUCAUUGUGUCUUACGGUCUUUGGUAAUCAAUAGUUGGACUGCUCUAGACCUCGCUACUAGCAUAACAUAUACAGCAUGGCUUGAAAACUGGCAUGUAUUUGCAUAUGUAAGCUCAUGAUUAUCAGG